AUGGUUGGUAAUAAUGAAGAUGAAAUAAAUGAACAAAAUAUAUAUGAAGAUUCAAAAAAUAUAAAUGUAACAAAUAAAUCAUUAUUUCAAUCAACAAUUAAAUCAACACAAUUAUUAAAUUCUUAUAAUUAUGAAUGGAUACGUGUUGAAGGUAAAGGUUCAUUUGGUAAAGCUAUUCUUUAUAAAAGAAAAAUCGAUAAUACCUAUGUUAUCAUUAAGGAAAUUGUUAUGCAUUCAUUAUCACUUUCUGAAAGACAAUCUGCUCUUAAUGAGGUGUCACUUCUUUCACAAUUAGAUCAUCCAAAUAUUAUUAGUUAUUAUGAUUCAUUUGAGGAUGAGGGAAUUCUAAUGAUUGAAAUGGAAUAUGCUGAUGGUGGUAAUUUAGGGCAAUAUUUAUUAAUGCAACAGGAGUAUCUCAAUGAAAAUGUAAUAUGGUUUAUAUUUACACAAAUAGUUAAUGGUGUAUGUUAUCUUCAUCAAAAUUCUAUUCUUCAUAGAGAUCUUAAAACAGCAAAUAUCUUUUUAACAAAAACAAAUGAUGUUAAAAUAGGUGAUUUUGGAAUUAGUAAAAUUAUGGGAACCAACACAAAGUUAGAUGGAGCUAAUACAGUUAUUGGAACACCAUACUAUAUCUCUCCUGAAAUGUGUGAAGGAAAAAGUUAUAAUGAAAGUACAGAUAUCUGGGCAAUGGGAUGUAUUUUAUAUGAAAUGGCUUGUUUACAAAAGACAUUUGAAGCCACAAAUUUACCAGCACUUGUUACACAUAUUAUGAAAGCUGAAUAUAAACCUGUCAAAGGACCUUAUAGUGUCUUUUUAAAAUUACUUAUAAGAGAUUUAUUAAAAGUUGAUGCAUCAUUAAGACCUUCUGCUACUAGUAUAAUGGAAAUGUUAAAAAAAGAACAUAAAUAUGAUGAUAAAUUAAGGAAUACAGGAAAAUUUAAUUUAUAUAAAAAUAAUCUUAAAAAAGAAAAUAGUAAAGAAUAUUCAGAAUGGAGUGCAUUAUAUGAAUUUAAUAUAACAAAUCUUUCCCUAACAUACCAUAAUAUUCUUCCUCAAAAUAAAAUAAAAAUAAUGAAUAUUGGUGUUGGGAGAGGUCAUAAAAUAUUUGUUACUAAUGAUAAUCAGGUAUAUGUUUAUGGAGAUAACGGAAAUGGUGAAUUAGGAUUAGGUAAUCGUGAAAACAUGCAUGAUAAAGCUAUGAUUGUUGAUUUUUUAAGUGAUAAACAAAUUAUUAAAGUUGAUGCUGGAGAUGGAUAUACUUUAUUUCAAUCUAUACAAGGAGUCGUCUAUUUUUGUGGAAAAAAAGAAAUGUCAACUAUUGAAGGGGCAACUGAGGAUGUCUUGAAGCCAAAAUUAAUUGAAUGUCUACUAAGGGAAGAUAUCAAAGAUAUAGCUUGUGGACCAAAUCAUGCAGUAGUUAUUUCAGCAAAUGGAACACCAUUUGUUUGGGGUAAAUCAGAUGAUGGAAGAUUAGGAAUUAAAACAAUAACAUCAAUUGAAGAAAAUCCUAAAUUUAUUACAAAACCAGUUCCAUUAAAUAUUAGUAAUUUACCACAUGGUCAUAUUAUAACAUCAGCUAGAUGUGGAUAUGAUUCAACAAUGCUUCUAACAAAUUUAGGUAGUAUUUUAGCUAUGGGUGAUAAUAGUUAUAAUAAAUUAAAUAUAACACAACGUCAAGGAUUUUUUUCAAAUAAAAAGGGUUUUAAAAUUGAUGAAAAUGGUAAUAAAAUUGUAUGGGAACCAACAAUGUUAAAAAGUUUUCCAUCUAGAGUAGUUGAUGCAAGGAUGGGAAGAUAUAAUUCUGGUGUACUUCUUGAAUCUGGUCAUAUAUAUAUUUUUGGUAAAAAUUCAAAUGGUGAAUUAGGAAUAGGAAGUUUAGAAUGUAAAAAAAAUGAUAUUUCAUGUAAUGUAUCACCUAAACCAGUAAAAAGUUUACUUACAAAAGGUUGUGUAUUAUUAUUAUGUGGAGAUAAUUUUUCAUUAACUGGAACAACUGAUGAACUUUAUUUUUGGGGUUCUAGAGGAUUAAUAAGUAGUGGAAGAGGUGAUUUAAAAAUUGAAGAUUUAGAAAGUGGUAAUAAUAAUAGUGGAAAAAAUAUUGCAAAAGAAGUUAUUGUUACACUUCCUAGUUUAGUAUUAAAAUUAGAAUCUUCAACAAAUAAUUCUGAUAUGAAAUCAACAAUAAAAUUAUGUGGUUUAUAUUCUUGUGGUAAUAGUAAAGUUCUUGUUCAAAUAGAUACAUGUAUACCAUUUGAUAAUAAACCAACACUUAAUAAUAAUAAAAAAGGUAGUAAUGAUAAUGAAGGAGGUGGAAUAAAAAAAAAUUUUAUGCCCCAAAUUUUUAAGAAAAAGAAAUUUUCCAAUUUAAGAAGAGAACCAAAAACUAGCACCAGUAGUGUUGAUGAAGAUAAUGGUUGUUGUUUGAAUGACAAAGAUUUUAAAGACAAUGAUGAUAAAGCAAAUACAUGGUUAGAAAAUGAAUUAAAUAAUGCUACAAUUAUUCCAAUGUCAUUUAAUAAAGAAGAAAAUAAAAAAAAUGAUAUUAUUAAUGAUGAAGAAGUAGUAAAAAGUUUAAUUAAAGAAAUAGAAAGUUUAAAAGUCAUUGUAAAUGAGCAGAGGUCUUCUUUUAGUGGGCAGGAAAAAGAAAUGACAUUGUUGAAGGAUAAGAUAAUGGAGUUACAAACAUUGAAAAAAAAAGAUACACAAACUGAUGAUAUAAAAAAAUUGAUUUUAGAUGUUACAUCAUCAGUUUUACCACAGAUAUCUGAACCUCCACCUGAAUAUUCUUCUCAGCAACAAGAACAACUUCAACAACAAAAUAUUAAUGGUAAUUAUUGUGGAAGAUUUAAUGUACCAACAAAAGUUUGCUCAAUAUUAUAA